AUGUAUAGCACAAUAUGCACUAAUAAUAAAAAUGAGGAUAAGGAAGUCGCCGGUUGGAUCACAGUUGGAUUCACUGGUAUGCUUAAAGGUUGGUGGGAUAAUAUUUUAACCACAAACCAAAGACAAGAAAUUUUGAAUGCAGUAAAAACUACUGAGACUGGCACAAUAAAGCAAGAUGCAGUUUAUACUCUUGUCCAGUCAAUUAUUUUACAUUUUGUUGGUCAUUGGGAUAACCAACGAGAAAGAAGUAGAGAGCUACUUCAAAAUUUGAAAUGUCCAACGUUAACUCAUUUUCGUUGGUAUAAAGAUGUGUUUCUUGCCAAGGUUAUGCAGAGAAUUGAUGCUAAUAGUGAGCAUUGGAAGUCAAAAUUUGUUGAUGGUUUACCUUAUUUCUUUGCUGAGAAAAUUAGGAAGAAAUUGCGAGACCAAAAUAAUGGUCUAACUAUUGAUUACAAUAGAUACACUUAUGGCCAGCUUAUAGCCAUAAUCAUCCAGGAAGGAUUGACUUUAUGUAAUGACAUAAAGUUGCAUAAUCAAUUGAAAAAACAGAACCUAACUGGAAAACAGGAGUUAGGACAGUUUUGUGACCAAUUUGGUUAUGAUGUACCCCAGUAUUCGAAACCUCAAAAGAAUAAGAAUAGUAAUAAGGCUACUCGAAAAUCUUCUAAGAAGAAAUAUGGGAAAAAGAAACAUAAGGAUAGGGAUGAGCAAUCAAGCUCAAAAAAUCCUAAGAAUACUGCUAGAAAGCAGAAAAAUAAAAAAGGAGAAAAGGAGGUCUCUGCCAAAUGUUUUAAAUGUGGCAGAUUAGGUCAUUAUGCAAAUAAAUGCAAGACUAAAAAGAAAUUAGAAGAACUUCAAUUAGAUGAAGGGUUAAAGCAGACCCUUUACAAGCUUUUAAUUGAUUCUAGUGAUUCUGAUUCAGAAGAUCAAAUUAAUGAUCUCCCCGAAAAUGAAGAUACCUCUUCUACUUUAGAAGAGGAAGAAAUCACUAAUGAUUGCAAUUGCAAUAAUAUGGAAUGCUCAACUUCUGAUGAUUAUUAG